UUCAGAUUUUGGGUGACUAAAUUGUAAACGUUUGAUAACCAACAGUCUGAAAGAUGUAUAGAUGGGUUUGUUUUAUCUUUUUAUAAAUAAUCACUCCACUCCACUCGCGCCCCCAAACGGAUUUCAAAAUCUAUUCCCAGUCUCUCUCUCUCUGCUUGCCAUUGUCUAUCACUUCUCUCUCUAAUGGAUAACAAAGCAGGUACAAGUGGCGAUGAUCUAUGGGCUGAAAUCGUAGGCCCUAACCACCACGAACGGAAUCGUCAACCACGACAACAGGAGCAAUCUGAAGUUGGGGGGGUUUAUCGGAGGAGAAAACCCCAAAAACCCUCUCAAAAAGAUUUGGACUUAAAACGGGUUGACUCGAUUACUAUAAAUCGGGUGAGUUUUGCUGCUGCAGGCAAGAGGGUCAGUUGGAAUCGUUCUCUUUCCACCAGAGGGAGGACAAGUAUUGCUGUUGGUGCCUGUGUGGUCAAUCAGCCCCAAAAGAAGCAGGCUAGAAGAAAAGCAAAGCCAGCCCUUCCCAGAGGAAAAGUUGUCCCGCCUCCCAAUUUUGAGAAAGAAAGCGCAUAUUUCAAGGAAGUUGAUGCCUUCGAGUUAUUGGAGGAGAGCCCUUCACCCAAGAAAUUUGGAACGUGGGUGGGCUCAGAAAAUCAAACUGAUGAUGUCGCUAUAUCAUAUUUAUCGUCAAGAUUAGAGAAAUGGUUAAUGUCCAAGAAGUUAAACAACAAUUGUGGGCCUUCUAGCACACUGUCAAAGAUAUUAGGAGUACCGCCCAUGCGUCUGGAAUCUGUUGAUGAUGAUGAUUUGGAUUCUUUAAAUUUGAAAACCCCCGAAAAGUCUUCUUCCCAUUCCAAAAGUAUCAAUUCCAGUUUGUUAGAGAAAUGUGUUCUCAGAAUGGACAUUAAUUUAGAGAAAAGAAACAAAGUGUUGGUCAAUGAACAUGUUAAUUGUUGUGAAGAUAUCGAAACUGCAGUUAAGAAGCUCUCUUUAGCAUCUGCAUCAGUUCCAUUUGCUCAUGAUCAUCCAUUUUCUGCACUUUUGGCAGUUUGUGGGCAGUCAGCUCCUUCAAAACUGCUGGAAGUAUUUUCCAAAUACUGUGAUCCAAAUAGUAUUGUCAAAGUUGGUGAAGGAACUUUUGGAGAAGCCUUUCGGGCCGGUAAUUGUGUUUGCAAAAUAGUUCCAAUCAAUGGAGAGUUACGAGUGAACGGGGAAGUACAGAAGAGGUCAGAAGAAUUGCUUGAGGAGGUUGUACUGUCCCGUACACUUAAUUGUUUAAGAGGGAUUGAUGAUGGUGCUCAUAAUGCAUGCACAACAUUCAUUGAAACAUUAGAUUUACAAGUGUGCCAAGGUUCUUAUGAUCCUGCAUUAAUAAAAGCAUGGGAAGAUUGGGACGAAAAUAAUGGUUCAGAGAAUGAUCACCCCAAGGAUUUCCCAGAGAAGCAGUGCUACGUUGUCUUUAUUUUACAACAUGGUGGUAAGGAUCUCGAGAGCUUUGUACUCUUGAACUUUGACGAAGCUCGUAGUUUACUGGUUCAGGUUACAGCUGCCCUUGCUGUGGCAGAAGCAGCAUAUGACUUUGAGCAUCGUGACCUGCACUGGGGAAAUGUACUUCUAACUCGAAAUGACACAGUUACAUUGAAGUUUACCCUGGAGGGGAAGCAGAUCUUUGUCAAAACUUAUGGAUUGGUGAUAUCCAUAAUUGAUUUCACCCUUUCAAGAAUCAAUACUGGUGAAGAUAUACUCUUUCUAGACUUGUCAACAGAUCCUGAUCUCUUCAAGGGUCCAAAGGGUGAUAAACAAUCAGAAACAUAUAGAAAGAUGAAGGAGGUGACAAAUGAUUUUUGGGAAGGAAGUUUCCCCAAGACUAAUGUAUUGUGGUUGAUUUACUUGGUGGAUAUGUUGCUCAUGAAGAAAACAUUUGCACGGUCUUGCAAAGAUGAACGGGAAUUGCGCUCCCUGAGGAAGAAUUUAAACAAGUUUCAUUCAGCAAGAGAAGCAAUAUUUGAUCCUUUCUUCACCAACUUGUUCGUUGACAACACCGACGUGAAUAAUGAAUAGACAGAGCAAAAGAGGCUAAUUUUGUUUUAGAAAGUUGAAGGCUUUUUCCCUUGUACAGUUUUGGGAGUUAGGCUAGAUACUUACUGGCAUGAAAGGGAAAAUCCUUUUUUCAGUCUUAAUAGUCAGGGGGAUUGAAAUACUUGAUAGUAAUUUAUGGGAGCAGAAAGAACAAUUUCAACGGAAAGAUGAGCUUGUCGAAGUUGUACAGAAGAAAAUGGUGGGAGUCCAGUUCCUAUGUUUCAUAUAUCAGCAUGAAUAUGUUUUGAUUUUAUAGAUCAUCAUAUUUACUCCAUACAACAAUGUUGUUUUUGCUCAUCUGAGAAAUUGAGUGAUAUAAAGCAGACUUGGGAGACUUUGGUUGUAUGUUACUGGAUUGCAUUUUAUGAGAAAUGAUUUCCUGUU